AUAUUGGCAAACAUCUUUCGACUUUUGAGAAAUAAUAUAAUCAAAAUUGCAACGCUGUUGUCUAAGUAAAAAAAAUUGUUCUUUUAUAAUCUAUGGAAUAAAGCACAAAAUUUCCGUGAAAAAUUUUUGUCGUUUGCGCUGUUUUGGCAUUAAAAACAUAAAUACCCGUAAGAACAUUGCUGACUUCAUUACUUACAUAGAAUACACGUAACGUUCGUCAAACCGAACACAGUUACACACAUGUUUGUUAGGCAAAUAUUGUCAUCAGCAUUACGUUUUGGUAAACUCCAAAAACGUUCUAUAUUUUCUAUAACGAAUAUCUGGGGAAGUUUAUAUAAAUUUCAAGUGGUAAUAGAUCGCAGUAGUCAAAUUGAUACCAGAAACAUUCACGAAAUGAGUUCAAAGUCGCUAGAUUUGGAUCAAGCAGAACACACAGACAGCAAGAUGACGGUUAAAAAACUUCAGGAUAUGGAUACAAUUAUUAGAGUAAACAAUAUUGAAAAAUCUGAAGAAGAUACUCGUGAUUAUCGAGGGCUGCAAUUAGAAAACGGUCUGAAAGUGUUACUAAUUAGUGAUCCAAAAACAGAUGUUUCUGCCGCGGCAUUGGCUGUUCAAAUCGGACAUAUGUCCGAUCCUGAUGAUUUACCUGGCUUAGCUCACUUUUGCGAGCACAUGCUCUUUUUGGGAACAGAGAAAUAUCCACACGAGAACGGUUACACCAAUUAUCUCUCACAGAGCGGCGGUAGUAGUAAUGCUUCCACGUAUCCCUUGAUGACAAAAUACCAUUUUUACGUAGCCCCUGAUAAAUUAGAAGGUGCUCUAGAUCGUUUUGCUCAGUUUUUUAUUGCUCCACUCUUCACGCCAAGUGCUACGGAACGUGAGAUUAAUGCUGUUAAUUCAGAGCAUGAGAAAAAUCUAUCAAACGAUGUUUGGCGUAUUAAACAAGUUCAAAGACAUCUAGCUAAAUGCGGACACGCUUACAAAAAAUUUGGCAGUGGUAAUAAGACAACACUAUACGAUAUCCCUAAGUCCCAAAACAUAGACGUUCGCAAAGAACUUUUAAGCUUCCAUAAGAAAUGGUAUUCGGCAAAUAUUAUGAGCCUGGCAGUCCUGGGAAAAGAGCCCUUAAAUGAAUUAGAGUUGAUGAUUAUCGAAAAGUUCUCAGAAAUUGAGAAUAAAAACGUAGAUGUUCCAAAAUGGCCACCACAACCGUUUGAUGAAGAACGAUACGGACAAAAGGUUUUCAUUGUACCUGUAAAAGAUUUGCGUUCACUAACAAUUUGCUUCACAACAGAUGAUUUAGCCGAGUUUUACAAGUCAGCGCCCGAUGGCUAUUUAUCGCAUUUGCUUGGUCAUGAAGGAAAAGGUAGUAUUCUAUCUGAAUUACGAAGGUUAGGCUGGUGUAAUGGUUUAUUAUCAGGCCAUCAAAACACUUUAAAGGGUUUUGGUUUCUUUGAAAUAUAUGUUGAUCUAACAGAAGAGGGCUUAAAUCAUGUAGACGACAUUGUUAAUAUAAUAUUUCAAUAUUUGAAAAUGUUAAGGGAAGUGGGACCACAGAAAUGGAUAUUUGACGAAUGCGUUAAAUUAAAUGAAAUGCAUUUUAGAUUUAAGGAAAAAGAGAAGCCCGAAAGUCUUGUGACAAAUGCAGUGACUUCCAUGCAGAUUUACCCCUUAGAAGAAGUGUUGACAGCACCUUUUCUGAAUAACGAAUGGAGGCCAGAUCUUAUAACGAAACUUCUAAAUGAAUUAAUACCAUCUAAGUGUCGGAUUGUUUUAGUGGGCCAAAGCUACGAGAAACAUGCAGAUCUUGUUGAGCCCUUUUAUCAAACUAAGUAUGGAACUCUCAAAAUCAAUGAUGCGACUAUCAAGAAGUGGGAAAAUUGCGAGCUUAAUGAAAACUUGGCACUAUCUUUGCCGAACGCUUUCAUACCCGAAAAUUUUGAUUUGGUGCCGUUCGAUUGUGAUUUGUCUAAGCAUCCCAUAAUUAUCGCGGAUACGCCCAUUUUGCGUGUUUGGCAUAAACAGGACGAUUAUUACUUAAAGCCGAAAACAUGCAUGUCUUUCAAUCUAUCUAAUCCGAUUGCCUAUUUAGAUCCGUUGAACUUUAAUCUAAAUUACUUAAUGGUCUCUUUAGUAAAAGAUCAACUGAACGAGUAUAUAUAUGACGCAGAAUUGGCAGAUUUGAAACUCCAAGUUGCUACUAAAUCAAAUGGAAUUGAGUUUACUAUACGUGGUUACAAUGAUAAGCAAAUGACUCUUCUGAAAAAACUUCUUUAUCAUUUAUUUGAGUUUCAAGCUGAUGAGAAACGUUUCAAUAUUUUAAAGGAGGAAUAUGCUCGCUCUCUUAAAAAUUUCUAUGCCGAGCAACCGUAUCAACACUCGAUAUACUAUUUGGCUCUUUUAUUAACCGAAAAUGCUUGGGCGAACAAUGAACUUUUAGAAGCUAUGGAAUUGGUCACUUUCGAUCGCGUAAUUAGCUAUGCCAAACAGUUUCUUUCACGACUCCAUACCGAAUGUUUUAUCUACGGCAAUGUUAACAAAAAGCAGGCGCAUGAGAUUGCCGCCGUAAUGAACGAACAGUUGGAGUUGACGAAUGCAAAAAUCUUACCAUUGCUGGCACGUCAAAUGUUAGCGAAACGUGAAUAUAAAUUAUGUCCAGGCGACAAUUAUUUGUUUGAAAAGGAAAAUGAAUUUCACAAAAGUUCAUGUACACAAGUUUAUUUUCAAUGUGGACCGCAAACUGAUCAUAGUAACAUUAUGGUCAAUUUGAUGGCUCAAAUCUUAACCGAACCUUGUUAUGAUUGUUUACGUACAAAGGAGCAAUUAGGUUAUAUUGUCUUUAGUGGUAUGCGCAAGGUGAAUGGAGUUAAUGGUUUUCGUAUUAUUGUUCAAUCGUCGAAACAUCCAUCCUUUGUAGAGGAUCGUAUUGAGAAUUUCUUAAAAAAUUAUUUGCAAACAAUUGAAGAAAUGCCUCCGGAAGAAUUUGAACGUCAUAAGGAAGCUUUGGCUGUUAAGAAAUUAGAAAAACCGAAAACCGUUUACAAUCAAUUUAAUCAAUUCUACAAUGAAAUCGCUUUAGCUCAAUAUCAUUUCGAUCGGAGCGAGGCGGAAGUCGCUCUUUUGCGUAAAAUUACUAAGCCAGAACUAAUAGAAUGCUACAAAUCGUUUAUAGGGUGCAAUAGUCCCGAAAGGCGUGUGCUCGUUGUACACAUUUUAUCAACGCAAUACGAUGCAGCAGAAAAUUGUGACGAAUGGCUAGACAGGCAUCACCAAAAGAUUACAGAUUUUGUUGCUUUCAAAUCGUCGAAAGAGUUAUAUCCGCUCGCAUCACCUUAUCUGAAUAUACAAGCGAAGGGUGCUCGAAGUAAAUUGUAAAAAAUUAUUUGCAAUAAUUUAGAAUGCCAA